CCCCUCCCGGAGCUGAGGAUCCUCCGGCUCUCCUUCCCCGCGCCCGGUUCAUCUCCCGCUGUCCCGCCCGGACACCAUGAGAAGAUAUUUCUCCAGAUACGGCGACGGGAAUUUCAGCUCCUCCUCCGCCCACUGCGGGACGUCGGGCGGCGGGGACGGGAGAUUCCCGGGGUUCGGGCCGGGAUACGGCAGCAGGAGCCUCCACAACCUCGGGGGCUUCAGGAACGUCUGUGCCGCCGGAGGAUACGGAGGAGAAGGAGCGGGAUACGGGAGGUUUGGUGGCUGGAGACAACCCGAGAGGGCGUUUUACGGCCGGGGGUAUUUCACGGGAGCUUUUCCGAGGGGGGACGCGGGGCCGGGAAGCGCCUCCCGGGCCAGCCCGGGCAGGGAAGCGCUCGGGGCAGAGGGACGGGGGGUGGGACAGCCCGGGAUGCUCCGAGGCAUCGAGGAGGUCCACGUGAACCCCGCCCUGCUGAGGCCCCUGGAGCUGCAGGUGGACCCCGAGUUCCAGAGGGUGCGCUCGGACGAGAAGGAGCAGAUCAAGGCCCUCAACGACAAAUUCGCCUCCUUCAUCGACAAGGUGCAGUGCCUGGAGCGGCAGAACCAGGCCCUGCUGGCCAAGUGGCAGCUCCUGCAGCAGCAGAGCUCGGGCCCCGAGGAGAGCAGGAACAUCUCCUCCUUCUUCCAGUCCUACAUCUCCAGCCUCCAGAGGCAGCUCCAGACGCUCCAGAGCCAGAAGGAGCAGCUGGACCCCGAGGCCUACAACAUGCUGCAGCUGGUGGAGGAGUACAAAAACAGGUUCGAGGACGAGAUCAACAACCGCACGUCCCGGGAGGAGGAAUUUGUGGAGCUGAAAAAGGAAUUGGACAGUGCCUACCUGGGGAAAAUGGAGCUGGAUGUGAGGGUGGAAAUCCUGAAGCAGGAGCUGGAAUUCCUCCGCUGUUUGCACGAAGCUGAGCUGUCCCAGCUGCAGACCCUGGCCGGGGACACGGCCGUCGUGCUGUCCGUGGACCCGCGGCGGGAGCUGGACCUGGACGGGAUCCUGGCCGAGGUGCGCCAGGAGUACGAGGGCAUCGCCCGCCGGAGCUCGGCCGACGCGGACUCCGUGUACCGGGGCAGGUACCAGGACCUGCAGAACACGUGGGAGAGCCAACGGGAGCAGCUGAGGAACAGCCACCGGGACAUCCAGGAGCUCGCCAGGCACAUCCAGAGGCUCCGGCCGGAGGUUGAGGUCGCCAGGAAAAGGGGUGGCAGCAGCUCAGGGGGCGGACCCAUAUCUGGGGCUGGUGGGUCAAGUUAUGGAGGAGGAAAAGGCUCUGGAUAUGGAGGAGGAAGCUCAGGUGGCUCCAUCUGUGGAGGAGGAAGCUCAGGCGGUGGAGGCUCCAUUUCCAAGGGUGGCAGCAGCUCAGGGGGUUAUGGACCCAUAUCUGGGGGUGGUGGGUCAAGUUAUGGAGGAGGAAAAGGCUCUGGAUAUGGAGGAGGAGGAAGCUCUGGAGGUGGCUCCAUCUGCGGAGGAGGAAGCUCAGGCGGUGGAGGCUCCAUUUCCAAGGGGGGCAGCAGCUCAGGGGGUUAUGGACCCAUAUCUGGGGGUGGUGGGUCAAGUUAUGGAGGAGGAAAAGGCUCUGGAUAUGGAGGAGGAAGCUCAGGUGGCUCCAUCUGUGGAGGAGGAAGCUCUGGUGGUGGAGGCUCCAUAUCUGGGGGAGGAAAAGGCUCAGGGUAUGGAGGAGGAGGAAGCUCUGGAGGUGGCUCCAUCUGCGGAGGAGGAAGCUCAGGUGGAGGCUCCAUAUCUGGGGGAGGAAAAGGCUCAGGAUAUGGAGGAGGAGGAAGUUCUGGUGGUGGAUCCAUAUCUGGGGGAGGAAAAGGCUCAGGAUACGGAGGAGGAGGAAGCUCAGGUGGCUCCAUCUGUGGAGGAGGAAGCUCAGGUGGUGGCUCCAUAUCUGGGGGUGGAAAAGGCUCGGGAUAUGGAGGAGGAGGAAGUUCUGGUGGAGGCUCCAUCUGUGGAGGAGGAAGCUCAGGUGGUGGAGGCUCCAUUUCCAAGGGUGGCAGCAGCUCUGGAGGGGGUGGAUCCAUAUCUGGGGGUGGUGGGUCAAGUUAUGGAGGAGGAAAAGGCUCAGGAUAUGGAGGAGGGGGAAGUUCUGGUGGUGGCUCCAUAUCUGGGGGAGGAAAAGGCUCAGGGUAUGGAGGAGGAGGAAGUUCUGGUGGUGGAUCCAUAUCUGGAGGAGGAAAAGGCUCAGGAUAUGGAGGAGGAGGAAGUUCUGGUGGAGGCUCCAUCUGUGGAGGAGGAAGCUCAGGUGGAGGAGGCUCCAUUUCCAAGGGUGGCAGCAGCUCUGGGGGUUAUGGACCCAUAUCUGGGGGUGGUGGGUCAAGUUAUGGAGGAGGAAAAGGCUCAGGAUAUGGAGGAGGAGGAAGUUCUGGUGGUGGAUCCAUAUCUGGGGGUGGAAAAGGCUCAGGAUACGGAGGAGGAGGAAGUUCUGGUGGUGGAUCCAUAUCUGGAGGAGGAAAAGGCUCAGGAUACGGAGGAGGAGGAAGCUCAGGUGGCUCCAUCUGUGGAGGAGGAAGCUCAGGUGGUGGUGGAUCCAUAUCUGGAGGAGGAAAAGGCUCAGGAUACGGAGGAGGAGGAAGCUCUGGUGGUGGAUCCAUCUGUGGAGGAGGAAGUUCUGGUGGUGGAUCCAUAUCUGGAGGAGGAAAAGGCUCAGGAUAUGGAGGAGGAGGAAGCUCAGGUGGCUCCAUCUGUGGAGGAGGAAGCUCAGGUGGUGGCUCCAUAUCUGGGGGAGGAAAAGGCUCGGGAUAUGGAGGAGGAGGAAGCUCAGGUGGCGCCAUCUGUGGAGGAGGAAGCUCAGUGGGUGCAUUGGAGGUGGAGAAGGAGGUUCAGGGUAUGGAGGGAGCUCAGGGUAUGGAGGCAGCUCAGGCAGGAGAGGUUCCAUCUCUGGAGGAGGAGGAAGCUCAGGCCAUGGAGGAUCCAGUUAUGGCAGUGGUGGGUGCAUUGGUGGGGGAGAAGGAGGUUCAGGGUAUGGAGGAAGCUCUGGACAUGGAGGAGGCUCUGGAUAUGGAGGGAGCUCAGGAUAUGGAGGCAGCUCAGGUAGGAGAGGCUCCAUCUCUGGAGGAGGAGGAAGCUCAGGUCAUGAUGGAUCCAGUUAUGGCAGUGGUGGAGGCAUUGCAGGGGGUGAAGGUGGUUCAGGGUAUGGAGGGAGCUCAGGGUAUGGAGGGAGCUCAGGGUGUGGAGGGAGCUCAGGGAGGAGAGGCUCUAUCUCUGGAGGAGGAAGCUCAGGUUUGA